UCUGCUGGAAAAACCUUCCUGCUGGGCUGGCAUUGGCCAGCAAAAUCUCUUUUCACUUGUUCCUGUCUCUUCCAUUCUGUCAAGCUAACUACACUUUCACCACAGGAAGAGUCUAAAGACAGGAUGACCAGGGUCUACAAGUCAUUAGUAACGAAUGUCUGCAAGGAAAUGUCAAGUUAUAGUGACUUUCCAUACCAAGAAAAUUAUCCCAAUUUCAUGAACCAUGGGAAAUUUUGGAACUAUCUCCAAGAAUAUGCUGAGCACUUUGGUCUCCUCAAAUACAUUGAGUUCAAGACUACUGUGUGCAGUGUAACAAAGUGUCCAGACUUCUCUGAAACUGGACAAUGGGACAUUGUCACAGAGACAGAGGGCAAGCAGAAAAGAGCUGUCUUUGAUGCUGUCAUGGUUUGUACUGGACAGUACCUGAAUCCCCAUUUACCUUUGGAGUCCUUUCCUGGAGUCCAUAAGUUUCAAGGGCAGAUCCUGCACAGCCAAGAGUACAGGACUCCAGAAGCCUUCCAGAGCAAGCGUGUCUUGGUGAUUGGGCUUGGGAACACGGGAGGGGACAUCGCAGUGGAGCUCAGUCGAACAGCAGCUCAGGUAUUUCUUAGUACUAGAACUGGCACCUGGGUUUUAGGACGCUCUUCAGAUGAAGGCUACCCUUAUACCAUGAUAUCAACAACAAGAUGCAAUAAUUUGAUUGCACAAGUUCUGCCUUCAUGUUUUGUAAGCUGGAUUCAACAGAGGAAGCUGAAUAAAAUAUUUAACCAUGAGAAUUAUGGCUUAAGUAUUAUGAAGGGGAAAGCAUCAAAAUUUAUUGUGAAUGAUGAGCUGCCAAGCUGCAUUCUCUGUGGGACAAUCACUGUGAAAACCAGCGUGAAGGAGUUCACAGAGACCUCUGCUGUCUUUGAAGAUGGGACAGUGGAAGCAAACAUCGAUAUUGUGAUCUUCACUACAGGAUAUACAUUUUCUUUUCCCUUUCUUGAAGAACCUCUCAAAAGUCUUUGUACAAAAAAGAUGUUCCUAUACAAGCAGGUCUUUCCCCCAAACCUGGAAAAAACGACGUUCGCCAUCAUUGGCCUGAUCAGCCUCACUGGGUCCAUCUUAGCAGCCACAGAGCUCCAAGCAAGGUGGGCCACAAGAGUCUUCAAAGGACUCUGUAAGAUACCUCCAUCACAGAAAUUGAUGGCUGAGUCUCUCAAGAAGGAGCAGCUCAUUAAAAGGGGUGUGAUUAAAGAUACCAGUCAAGACAAACUCAACUACAUCAGCUACAUGGAUGAGCUUGCUGCAUGCAUAGGCGCAAGACCCAACAUCCUGUUUCUGUUCCUCAAGGACCCCAGACUAGCUUGGCAAGUUUUUUUUGGACCAUGUACCCCUUACCAGUACCGCCUAGUGGGCCCUGGAAAAUGGGAUGGAGCCAGAAACGCCAUCCUGACCCAGUGGGACAGGACUAUGAAACCUUUAAAAACCCGAACUGUUGCUGAUUCCCCCCAGCCUACCUCCAUGUCAUAUUAUUUUAAAGUUUGGGGGGCACCUAUCCUAUGUGCCUCUCUUCUACUUAUCUGUAGGUCUUCACUUUUCAUGAAAUUAAUGAAUAAAACACAAGAUAGAAUUUCACCUUACUUAGUUCUAUUGUUUGGAUGUGUCCUCAGAAUUCCUGUUAGCAAAUGGUCUCCAGUAUGGCAGUGUUGGGAAGUGGAACGUAAAUGUAGACUUAGGGAGGUUUUGGUUCAUGGUGACUCCACCCGCAUGAACUGAUGAAAGUUACACUCACACAACUGUAUUCCAUCCUAGGUAUUCUGUUAUAGUAACUGAAAAAUGAACUAAAGCACCUAAUAGUGUUUCCUGAGAAUAAAUCUGAUUGGUUACAAGGGUU